AUGAUUAAUUCACAAUCUUCUGGUAUUAAGAAUACUUUAGGAGGAUCAAAACGAUAUGUGUCCCCAUAUGAGAGAUUUUAGAAUUAGGAGAGUGAUGGAGUAAUAAUAUUAAAUUUAUGUUAAUAUAGAGAAAAUUACAAUAAUAAAUUGGAAAUUAAGUUAAAUCAAGAAUGGUUAAUAUAGAUAAUUCUGAAUAAGUAAGUGUAUUAGGUGACAACAAUAAUCCAAACAAACUAUCUAAUUUGUCUUAAUUUGCUUAAUUCAUGUAUAUACCUUGUUAGAGUCAUCCAGAAUUUUUUAUAACAACUUUAUGUUAAGAAUAAGUAUAACUUAUUUAAAUUAGAAUUGUGUAGAGCCAUUAUGUGCAGAAUGCAUAACAAAUCAUUUGGAAUAGCAUUAGAAAAAAGGGAAAUAGCCUAAAUUUGAGAAUAUAUUGAGAGUGAGGAAAGAUCAGAUUUGCAAGAUAGAUGACUUAUUAAAAUAAUUAUAAAUAAAGUUGAAGGAAGCGAAGACAUAUUUUAAUGAAACACCAUAAAUGAUAUAUAAUAAUGCAUAAGAGUAGGUCAAAUUGAUACAUGGUUAAAUAUCAGAUAUGAUAAAUGAUUACUUUUAAGGUUUAUAAAGAGAAUUAAAUGAGUAUAAUUAAGAUGAACAAAUGAAAUAAAUGAAUUUGGUUGAGGAAGAGAUAAUUUAAUAAUAGAAUGAACUAUUAAAAUUAUAAGAGGAUUUACAAAAUGAUAAUUAUAUAAAGGCAAUUACUUAAAUUUUUAUUAAUAAAGAACAGAUAUAUAGUGAAAAGAAUAUAUAUAAAUUAGAUAAAAUGGUUAAGGAUUUUAAUUAAAAUAAAGUGGAAGUAAUAUUAGAUAAGAGUAAUUUAGAAUUAUUAUAAACUUAUUGUAAGAAAUUAUGUUAUUUAUUGAAAAGUAAAAAGUAGACUUCAAUUUCUAAUAUAAAGUAAUCAUCAUCUAUUUAAUAAUAAUAAUUUUAAUUUUAAUAGUUUAAAUAACCAUAAGAAGUAGAUUAAAAGGGAAAUUUAUCAUCAUUAGUUCUAUCAAAAUUAGUAUCUUCAGACAUACCUCCUAUAAUAAAUCCAAUUUCUUUGAUUUCAGAGAAUUUAACAAAUGAAACAGCAAUAUGUAAAUUUAAUUAUAAAAAUCACUUUGAGGAUGGAAAGGAUUAAGUGAUUAUAAGAUUAGAAGAAGGUGGAUUUGCUGCUUAUAUUUAUGAUAUUUAAUCUUAAAAAUAUAGAAUAGAAACUAUAAAUAGUACAAUUAGAAUACCAUUAUGUCAUAAAUUAUAUACAACAUCAUUUGGUAAACAUUUAGUAAUAGGUGGUGUUGAUAAAGAAAAGUCAAGAUUCAAAGCAAUAGCACAUGUUUAUGAAUUUAAUCAUAAUACUCUUUAAUUGACUUUGCAUUCUGAAAUGAUUUUAGCAAGAUCAAUGACAUCAGCUUGUUAAGUGGACAAUUUCUUAUAUGUUGUUGGAGGAUCUUCAACAAAUGAUGAAAAUACAUCAAUAGCCAAAGCAGAGAAAUUAGAUUUAACAACAAGAAAAUGGUAUUCAAUAGAGGAUCCUUUCUAUAAGACAACUGGUUGUGCUUUAGUAUCAAUUGAUUAUAAUACAUUAAUUAAAAUUGGAGGUAAAUGUGAUAUAUUUACACCAUGUAAUUAAAUAGAAUCUUAUGAUAUACAAAAGAAUUUAUGGGUAUUUUAUUAAAUUAAUUAAUUAUAAAGACUAUAAUAGAAUUCAAAUUUAUAUCAUCUGGAUAUUUGAGAUUACCAUUUUAAAGUUGUGCAGUUACUAUUUCUAAAGAUCAAAUAUUAAUAAUUGGUGGAUCAAUUCAUGAUGUAAGAGCUGAUGAAACUUAAGUAAUCAUUAAUAUUAUAAAUAAUAAUAGAUUUUUAAUGUAGAAUAAAAAACUAUACAGAGAUCAUCUUAAUUACCAAAUUCAAUUGAUUUUCCUACUUAAACAGCCAUUAUUUAAUACAAUAGUAUAUAUAUAUUAACUGAAAAUGAAUAACCUUUAUUAUAUGGUAAUUAAGAUGGAUUUAAAUAUUAAUGA